AAUUAGCAUCGGCUCGGUGCAUUGCUAGUGUGUGCGGAAGUCUUCCUCCCGUCCCCACUGGCCAUCGAUCACGUCUUUGAACUCCUGUAGUAACAUGCAGAAGUGAGCGAGCUUGGAUGACCGUUAUGUCAGGAUAGCUUCAGAGUUGGCUUACUGUUGGCCUUGUUUUCUAUGAGCCAAGCCCAUACUCACUGGCUGGAAUUCCUUGAACACGGGUUAUAUCUAAUGCUCUCAGAAUGCACCAGUCACCUGAAGAACUACAUGGCGUUUUGAGCAGGGUAUUUCUCAUAUGGAUCAAUCGGGUUCUUCUGCGGGGAUAUAAGAAUAUCCUCGUCAACCAAGAUGCGCCGCCGCUCAGUCCGGAUACGAAACCAGAAGUCACAAGAAGGCGAAUGCUUUCAGCGUGGUCUCAGCGAGCUAAACCCGAAACGAAGAAGAGCCUACCUCUCGCUCUACUGAGGUGUCUGAAGAAACCCUUUUUUGCUGCUAUUCUACCUCGACUGUUCUUAAUUAUCUUUCGGUAUUCUCAGCCUGCCCUCAUAUCAGAGUCUAUUAGAUACGUCAUGACACACCCUUCUGAUGCGGGGAGCAGUCGUGGGUUUUGGAUUGUUUUAUCAGCAGCGGCUGUCUAUGUUGGGCUUGCAGUAUCAACAGCCGUGUAUCAGCACCGUUUAAAUAGACUGAAACUCAUGAUUAGGAGUUCCCUCGUGGGGCUUAUCCAUGAAAAGGCUAUGAAGUCACCAAGUGUCGCUUACGAUGAUGGAGAGGCGACGACACUAAUGAGUACCGAUGCCGAGGGUCUGGAGGGAAUUGGAGAAAUGGUCCACGAAACAUGGGCCCAAGUUAUCGAAGUACUUAUUGGUAUGGCAUUUCUAGCCACUAAAGUCGGUUGGAUCUGGCCUCUUCCACUUGUUUUGAUUUAUUUAUGCUCGCACGUCAGUCGAUUUGUUGCAAAACAUCUACACGUGCGUCAAAGGGCUUGGAAUGCUGCAACUCAAAACCGCCUGGCUGCUACAACUGCUAUGCUAGGCGCAAUGAAAACUGCCAAAAUGCUCGGGUUUCAAGACAGUCUCAUGUUUCGUAUUCAAGAGCUUCGGCAAUUGGAACUCUUCGCAGCUUCAAAGCUUAGAUGGGUAAUGGUGUACUAUAACGCCUCCGCAAAUGCACUCGGUAUAUUCUCUCCAGCUUUAACCCUGAUUACUUUUACUGGAAUAGCAGUAGCUCGGGGUGGAAAACUGGCUACAGAAACUGCAUUCACGACCAUGGCCAUCCUGAGCAUGGUCACACAUCCUGCAAACAUGAUCAUGACUAUUGUACCCCGUGCAGUGGCAGCCUUUACUGGAUUUGAAAGGAUCCAAUCGUUUCUUCUUCGACAACCCAUACAAGCUAACCGUGGAAAGGUAUCCGAAAGUGCUGAAAAAAAACUCUCUCCGCAUGCUCCUGCUAUUCAAAUCCGUGAUCUAAGAAUCGGCCACGAGAAUCUCGUGUUGAAUAACGUAAAUAUUGAGUUACCCACUGGAUCCUUCUAUAUUAUAUCAGGUCCGACUGGUAGCGGCAAGUCGACUUUGUUGCGCGCUAUACUUGGGGAAGUGACUUCCACCCAUGGAUCAAUUAAUCUCUCAACAAAAAAGAUAGCAUACUGCUCCCAGAGACCAUGGCUACCUAGCGGUACUAUCAAAGAGGUAAUUUACGGUUUAUCUGACACUAACGAUGUCAAUGGCCAAAGAAAUGAGACAUGGUAUCUUGAGGUGACAAAUAUCUGUUGUCUUGACCAUGACUUUGAUUCGCUCCCGGAUGGUGACCAGACACAAAUUGGUAGUAGGGGACUCAAUUUAUCAGGGGGACAGAAACAGCGAGUGACACUGGCACGUGCUUUGUUUGCAAAAUGCGACAUUCUCCUUUUGGAUGACACCUUCAGUGGGCUCGACGGUGAAACAGAGAAAUCCGUUUUUAAUAGUCUUUUUGGACCAAAAGGUCUUAUCCGGAGGCUGAAAACCACAGUGAUUCUCGCUUCAAAUUCAUCUCAAUACUUCCAAGCUGCGGAUCAAAUAGUCAUUUUGGGAAGUAAUACAAUAAUUGAUCAAGGACAUUGGAAAAAUAUCAUGCACAAAGCUGCAUCCCUAGCCAAGUACUCGUCCAGCCGCCAUGUUGCAGACAAUAGAAGUUCGUCGGCAAGCUUUCAUAAGCUCAGCGGCCAGUUACAAGCAAAAAAUGAGGCCGAGAUAGAUCUCGCAAGGAGGAGUGGAGAUCCCACUCUAUAUGGAUACUAUUUUGGUUUCAUUGGUUUUAGGAACCUUUUCUUACUCGUUUCUAUCACCGCCACAUAUGCUUUCUUCAUCAUCAUCCCACAAUACUGGCUUCAACUGUGGACCGAGGCGGACAGGGAUAAUACAGCGUUCUUUGUUGGUGGAUUUCUGUUUCUAUCGACAAUGGCAUGGAUGUUCACCAGUGCUCAGAUGUGGUCUGUUCUAAUUCAAAUUGCCCCGCAGUCUGGGUCGCAGUUACACCAACGUCUUCUAGCUAUUGUGACAAGCGCUCCUUUGUCUUUUUUCUCCAGAACGGAUAGUGGAUCAAUUCUAAAUAGAUUCAGUCAGGACAUCCAGCUUAUUGACAAGCAGCUACCAUCGGCGCUUCAAACUAUUGUGACUCAAAUAUGUAAACUCCUCAUGCAAAUAGUCCUGCUAUUCAUGGCCGAAAAAUGGCUAUCACUGUCUUUACCGGUCUGCUUGGUUGUCCUGUAUGUCGUCCAAAAGGUCUAUCUUCGUACGUCGAGACAACUUCGAUUUCUAGAGCUCGAAGGAAGGGCUGAGGUUUUCUCAAACUUCUUGGAAUCUCUUGAAGGACUAGAAACCAUAAGAUCCUUUGGCUGGUCCAAAGUUGCGAUAGAAAACAACAUCCGCAUUGUCGACAACUCACAACGUCCGGAAUUUCUCCAUAUGUGUCUACAGCGAUGGCUGAAUGUUGUCCUUGAUAUUUUAGCUGCGGCUAUUGCCACAGGUACCGUCGCUCUAGCCGUGGCGUUUAGAGGGCAUGUUCGUGGUGCACAAGUUGGAAUUGCUCUCAAUGUUAUGCUUGUAGCAAACACGACAUUGCUAAAACUUGUGGAAAGUUGGAUUUCAUUAGAGACCUCGCUUGGUGCUAUUGCUCGUUUGAAAACCCUGGAGGAAAUGACCCUAUCUGAGGGUAUAAAAAACGAGAGUUUGGAACCGCCCAAUUGGCCUUCCAGAGGAGAAAUUCAGCUCAAAGAUGUCACUGCAUCCUAUCAGUCCGUACCCGAGUCGGUAGCCAUACGAAAUUUGAGCCUGAAUAUCUCCGCAGGACAGAAAUUGAUCGUCUGCGGGCGUACAGGAAGUGGAAAGAGCACCUUAUUAUUAACACUGUUGCGCCUUUUAAAGCUUCAGUCCGGCAAGAUUGAGCUAGAUGGUAUUGAUAUUAAAGACGUCAGACUAGAUAUUUUACGACAGCGCUGCUUCAUUGUGGUGUCUCAGGACCCUCUGAUUCUACCCAUGGAGACUUUACGCUUCAACCUAAACCCAGAAGCUUCAGUCUCAGACGAAAUUUUAGUUGAUGCAUUAACCAAAAUGGACUUAUGGUUACAUUUCACAGAGUCUGGUGGAGAAAGAGACACUGCUGUCGCUAUCCCGGGUAUUGGCAGACACCCCAUUCUUGACCAGAAGGUUUCGCAGCUCCAAGAGCUCUCUGUAGGACAGCGCCAGCUGUUUGCGCUCUGUCGAGCGCUUGUAAAGGUCGGUAUGUUACGACGUUCUGGAUUUAAACCAGUCAUUAUGUUGGACGAGGUGACAUCCUCACUCGAUACCGUUACAGAAUCCACUAUCUAUCGAAUCAUUAACGAUGAAUUUACUGAGAAGGGUCACACAACAAUCAUCGUUGCUCACAGACUUGGUGGCUUGGGAGAGUAUAUCGAGAGUGGAAGAGAUUUCAUGGCUUUCAUGGCAGAUGGUAGAUUACAAGCAGUGAGCGAAAACUUAGACUGGGUGACUUUCCGGCGUUUUAGCGAAAUUGAUUAAGAGAAAUAUGUAGUAGUUGUGGCAAAAUUGGAAUGGUGAACAUUUUAU